AAAUCGAAUUUCUUAUCAUUUUUUUUAAGCCAAAACUUUACUAAAAAUUCCCCACCAUCACUGCUAUAAAUACCAAAAUUUGUAAGCCUGGCUUCAAACCAACAGUUACAUACAAGUAGAAGAUGCAAGAAGACAAGAAGGCGACCAAGGUGAAGAAAGGAUGGCUGACCGUUCAGGUUGGGUUAGAAGAAGAAGAUGGAGGGCUUAAGCGGUUUGCGAUUCCAAUAUCCCACCUUUACCAUCCACUUUUUAAGCAGCUUUUAGACAAGGCUUAUGAAGUAUACGGCUACCACAUGACGGGGCCUUUAAGGUUGCCAUGUUCUACCGAUGAUUUUCUUAAUCUCAAGUGGCGAAUAGAGAAAGAAUCAAACCAUCAUCAUCAUCACCACCACCAUCAUCAUCACCAUCAUCAUCCUCUCACUUUAUCUUUCAACUCUUGUUGAAUUUCUUCAUCAAAACAACACAUAUACUUGCUUCUCUUCUAGUUUUACUUUUUCUUUUUCCUCGUUAAUUUUGAUACAUGAUUGAUUAUCAAGCUCCUUUAUUUUACUUGUUUGAUAUUAUAGCUCUGCCUUGGAUGUUUUAAUCUGUCAAAAACUUUCAAAGCUUAAA